CCUCUUUCUGGCUGGCAGAGUGUGACAGUCCAUUGUCGACCGUCUGACCUACUUGUCAGGAAGAGCACCGGCAGACAUCUCGUCUGUCAUCAAUCUGAUUAGAAAAGAAGAAGAAAUCUGAGGAGUACAACAGUGGAUGAACUGUUUCUUUAACCGGGGACACAAACCGAGAGAGGCAGGAUGGGCUGUGUGAAGUCCACAGUGAGCGGCUUGGAGAGGAAGAGCAGCGAUCCGACUGUACGUACUGAGCAAACGCACUAUGUCAGAGACCCCACCUCCAUUACAAAAAACAACAUAAAUAACUCCCUAUUACCUGGGCAGGUGUUCCAAAAGAUGGAAGAGCAAAGAGUGGGUAAAAUUAUGGUCGGCCUUUACCCAUAUGAAGCUGUACAUCCGGACGACUUAGGAUUCAAAAAGGGAGAGAUGAUGAAAGUCUUGGAGGAACAUGGGGAGUGGUGGAAGGCAAAGUCACUGACAACCAACAAAGAAGGAUUCAUCCCAUCCAAUUAUGUUGCCCAAGUGAACACAAUGGAGACAGAGGCGUGGUUUUUCAAGGACAUCACCAGAAAAGCCGCCGAGAGAGAGCUAUUGGCACCAGCAAACAAACCAGGCUCUUAUCUUAUCAGAGAGAGUGAAACAUCUAAAGGUAGCUACUCAUUGUCCAUUAGAGACAUGGACGCCAAUGGGACAGAAUCAGUCAAACACUAUAAGAUCAGGACGUUGGAUAAUGGCGGGUACUACAUCUCUCCUAAAGUGUCCUUCAAUGACAUCGGUGCUAUGAUCAAACACUAUCAAAAUAAAGCAGAUGGCCUGUGUCGUAAACUGGAUCGUCCGUGUUUUAAGCCCAAAGUUCAGAAGCCUUGGGAUAAAGAUGCAUGGGAGAUUUCCAAAGAGUCUAUCACCAUGGUGAAGAAACUCGGAGCUGGGCAGUUUGGAGAGGUCUGGAUGGCUUUCUACAAAAACUCCACCAAAGUGGCCGUGAAGACCCUGAAGCCAGGCACCAUGACAGUGGAAGCCUUCAUGGAGGAAGCUAACGUCAUGAAGACGCUGCAGCACGACAGGCUGGUGCGACUCUACGCUGUGGUCACCAAAACACCGCCCAUCUAUAUCAUCACUGAAUUCAUGGCCAAUGGAAGCCUCUUGGACUUCUUAAAGAGUGAAGCAGGAUGUAAACUGCAGCUCCCAAAGCUCAUCGACUUCUCAGCACAGAUAGCAGAGGGCAUGGCGUACAUAGAGAAGAAGAACUACAUCCACAGAGACCUGAGAGCUGCCAACGUCCUGGUCUCAGAGAGUCUGCUCUGUAAAAUAGCUGAUUUUGGACUGGCCCGAGUCAUCGAGGAUGACGAAUACUCAGCCAGAGAAGGAGCCAAAUUCCCCAUCAAGUGGACCGCUCCUGAAGCCAUAAACUAUGGAUCCUUCACCAUCAAGUCGGACAUGUGGUCCUUUGGAGUUCUGCUCUAUGAGAUCAUAACAUACGGGAAAAUCCCUUAUCCAGGUAUGACCAAAGGAGAGGUGAUGUCCUCCUUGCAGCGCGGCUACAGGAUGCCUCAGCCAGACGGCUGCCCUGCAGAGCUCUAUGAGAUCAUGAUGUCGUGCUGGAGGGCCAAACCUGAAGACAGACCCACGUUUGAUUACUUGCAGAGUGUCCUGGAGGAUUUCUACACCGCCACGGAGGGACAAUACCAGCAACAACCUUAGAGAGAAACAUCAGAUGGUUCAUUUCCACAUUAUGUCAGGAGAUAAAGAAGAUUUGUUGUAUUUUUUGUAAUUUUGUGUAUAUUCCACAUUAAUCUAAUAACUGGAUCCUGAGUGUGAUGCUUGUUUCCCCCUUUCUUUUAUCUUGUUUUCCCUUUUUUUGUGGCCUCAGUUUUAAUUUAUUUCAAACUAACGCAUCUCAAUCAUGAUACUUUGUCAUGUUUUUAAUGUUUUUGUCACUAUUUUUAGAUAACGUUUAUUUCCUGAAGUAGACUUGUAAGAGUCAAAAACUUCAGUUUCUUAUCCAUGUUUAACUGAAGUACUUUAUAUCUUAACUAUAUUGUUUUACACAAUCGUAGUCGGAAAGUCCUUUGAACUAUUAUGCAUUUCAAACAGAAGAAACAUGCAGAAUAACCAUAAGCCAAAUUAUUUCGUAACAUUUCUAUACCAAGGAAUAAAAGUGCUCUUUUAAACUGAGUAUAUUAGAUUCCACCCGAGCUUUCUGCUUACUGUCUGUUUCAUUGACCACUGGAGUCAAUCAUCUUCAUAUUCACUUCAUAUUGAAGUGUUGUAGAUUUUAUUUGUUUAUUUGUUCAUCACUUUUGAUAUUGUUAAACUGAAAAUCUGAAUCUCCACUGUGUACUUGCAUGACCCUUUGUAUACUUGUGUUAACAUAACAUGAAAACAAUGAUUUCUUUAACAUUUGAUGAGCAUUUCAGAUGUAUACUUGUUGCUUAUUGCAAUAAGACUGUGAACAACUUAUAAUAAAUAAAAAUAUAUGUAA